ACCGUCCCCAAGUAUUUGAGAACACUAAUCAGUGGACGUACUCAUCUCCAUCGCCGAUCUCCGUCUCCGACGCUCCUCUCCGACGAUCUUCUGCUAGAUCUCUGCGAUCAGAUCAUUUACGGGACUUCAGCAAUAACGUGAUAAGUGUGAGAGGUGCGAGCUAUGGGGACUGAAAAUCCCAACCAUGCAAAUAACUAUCCAAGGCCAUCUGCUCCACCUUUUGCCCGUCAAAGCAACACACUUUUUUCAUCAUCUCGUUCCGUGGUUGCAUCGCAGGCCGCUCCUUUCAGGCCAACAUCAGUCCCUGCUCCUCUGAGUUCAGUGCCUGCUCCCCCAAGUACAGCUCCAUCUUUGCCUUUUGGGACUGUGGUUGGAUCAGCGGUUCCUGGUUUUAGACCCAUGCAAACAGGUAGGCCUACUGCUCCAUAUGGCCCACCAACCACCGGACCUUUCCAGCGCUUCCCAACGGCGCCGUACCUUUCAACACCUCAAGCACCUCCACCACACACUUCUCCUGUUGGACAGCCCGUAUUGCCUCCAACAAUGAGACCUCCUCCUCCAAGUCAGGUUUCACCCAUGCCAACUUUCCAAAAUCGUCAACCCCAUAUACAACCUAUGCCUAUGGGUUCUCCACCUCCAAGCAUGAACGGUGUGCUUUCUAGCAAUAAUGCUCCUCAGUUGGUAAAUUCACAGUAUUUUUCGUCCAGUUCAAAUAUGCAGCGACCGCAACCUCCAAUGGGGCCAUCUCAUCCUGAUGCUGUCCGGGCCUCCUCAUCAUCUGCUUGGCCUGGCUAUCCGGGUAUACAGAGUAGCACAGCAACACCAGCAGCACCUGUUUCUCAUCAAGGAGGUUAUGCUCCACCUCCGCCCACCACAUCUGCCCCCUUCUCCUCUCAAGGUGGUUAUGGACCAGCUCCACCCGUUGCAUCUCCUCUAGGAAUGUAUGUAGGAGGCUCCACACCUCCAACAGGAGUUAUGCCAGGAUUGGUAGAAGACUUCAGCUCACUUUCUAUCGGGUCAGUCCCAGGAUCUUUUGAUGCUGGGCUUGACACUAAAGUUUUGCCAAGACCACUGGAUGGUGAUGUGGAACCAAGUUCUUUUACUCAGAUGUAUCCCAUGAACUGCAAUUCUAGAUAUCUGCGGCUUACAACUAGUGCCAUACCAAAUUCUCAGUCUCUGGUUUCAAGGUGGCACUUGCCUCUUGGAGCAGUUGUUUGUCCACUGGCAGAAGCUCCUGAAGGGGAGGAAGUGCCAAUUGUUAAUUUUGCAACAACAGGCAUUGUGCGGUGUAGAAGAUGUCGUACAUAUGUGAACCCAUAUGUGACUUUUACUGAUAGUGGAAGAAAGUGGCGAUGCAAUAUCUGUGCUUUGCUCAAUGAUGUACAAAAUGAUUAUUUCGCUCACUUGGACGCCUCUGGGAAAAGAGUUGAUUUAGAUCAACGCCCUGAGCUUACAAAUGGUUGUGUGGAAUUUGUUGCUCCAGCUGAAUACAUGGUGCGGCCACCUAUGCCACCGCUAUAUUUUUUCUUGAUCGAUGUAUCCAUAUACUCCAUUCAAAGUGGAAUGCUUGAGGUGAUUGCACAAACUAUCAAAUCUUGUUUGGAUAGAUUGCCAGGCAACCCCAGAACACAGAUCGGGUUCAUAACUUUCGACAGCACAAUUCAUUUUUACAAUAUGAAGUCGUCUUUGACACAACCACAAAUGAUGGUGGUCUCUGAUUUGGAUGAUAUAUUUAUUCCGUUGCCAGAUGAUCUCCUUGUCAACUUGUCAGAAUCUAGAACUGUGGUGGAUGCAUUCCUGGAUAGCCUGCCUUCCAUGUUUCAGGACAACGUGAACGUGGAAUCUGCUUUUGGGCCAGCCCUUAAAGCAGCUUUCAUGGUUAUGAGCCAACUGGGAGGGAAAUUGUUAAUUUUCCAGAGUACUCUUCCAUCACUUGGUGUCGGUCGGUUAAGGUUGCGAGGAGAUGAUAUCCGUGCAUAUGGAACAGAUAAGGAGCAUGCUUUAAGGAUACCAGAAGACCCGUUUUAUAAACAGAUGGCUGCUGAUUUUACCAAGUACCAGGUUGCAGUGAAUGUUUAUGCAUUCAGUGACAAAUAUACUGAUAUAGCUUCCCUAGGUACCUUGGCAAAAUAUACAGGUGGUCAAGUCUAUUACUAUCCAAGCUUUCAUUCUGCCAUCCACAAAGACAAACUGAGGCAUGAGUUGGCUAGAGACCUCACUAGAGAAACUGCUUGGGAAGCUGUAAUGCGUAUCAGAUGUGGGAAAGGGGUGCGUUUCACUUCGUAUCAUGGGAAUUUCAUGUUAAGAUCCACUGAUCUAUUAGCACUUCCCGCUGUUGACUGCGACAAAGCUUAUGCAAUGCAGUUUGCUCUUGAAGAGACGUUGCUUACCACUCAGAUUGUGUAUUUUCAAGUUGCUUUAUUACACACCUCAUCUUCCGGUGAAAGACGUAUUAGAGUACACACUGCUGCAGCGUCAGUGGUUGCUGAUUUAGGAGAGAUGUACCGUCAGGCAGAUACUGGUGCCGUUGUUUCGUUGCUUGGUAGAUUAGCUAUAGAAAAAUCUUUGUCCUACAAACUGGAAGAGGCUCGUAAUGCUAUUCAACUGAGAAUUGUCAAAGCCCUUAAAGAAUAUCGUAAUCUCUAUGCGGUACAGCACCGUGUAGGAACAAGGAUGAUUUAUCCAGAAUCGCUGAAAUAUUUACCCCUAUAUGGGUUGGCUCUAUGUAAAUCAACAGCCCUUCGUGGUGGAUAUGCUGAUUCACAGCUUGAUGAACGCUGUGCAGCCGGUUUCACCAUGAUGGCUUUGCCUGUUAAAAAGAUGUUAAAGCUUUUGUAUCCUAGCUUGCUACGUGUAGAUGAAUAUCUUGUGAAGUCAUCUACACAGGCGGAUGAGUUUGAGAAACUUUGUAAAAGACUGCCACUUGCUGCAGAGAGCUUAGAUUCUAGAGGAAUUUUUGUAUAUGACGAUGGUUUCCGUUUGGUUGUUUGGUUUGGCCAAAUGCUUUCGCCUGAUAUAUCCAGGAAUCUCGUUGGGGAAGAUUUUGCUACGGACUUCUCGAGGGUAAGUCUCGUUGAACGUGAGAACGAAAUGUCAAGAAAGCUGAUGGCGAUACUAAUGAAACUUAGAGGGGCUGAUGCAUCAUAUUAUCCUUUAUGUCAUCUUGUGAGACAAGGUGAACAGCCUCGGGAAGGUUUCUUUUUACUUUCAAAUCUAGUUGAGGACCAAGUUGGUGGUAUGAACGGCUACGUUGACUGGAUACUUCAGAUACAUCGGCAAGUCCAGCAAUAAUGUGUAAUAUGCAGGGGACACCAUUGGUCUCAUUUUUCUCCACUGCUGGUAUCAAAUUCAGAUGCUGGUUCUUUGAGCAGAUGAAAAUGGGUUUUUGUUUGAUUGAGCAUUGCUUUGCUAAAUUGUGGUUUAGAACUUCCACACGAGAAAAUGGGGGUUGUUGCUUCAUAGACUAGUGUCAUAUACCUUUUAUUUUUGUUGCAAAAAUUAUUUCUAGUUUUCCUUUGUAUUUUUUUGGUCAAUUUUACCCCUUUAUAGAUUUUCUGUAUUAUGAUUUGUUUUAGGCAACUUUUUAAGGUGUUGUAUACAUCAUCUCUGUGUAUUUGGGUU